AAAUUGUAGGCGAGGAUUUGCGAUGGCAUUCACAUUUGCUGCAUUUUGUUACAUAUUUGCACUGAUCUUAUCAGCUGUUCUUAUAUUUUUUGCAAUAUUUCAUAUAAUAGCUUUUGAUGAACUCAAAACAGAUUACAAGAAUCCUGUAGAUCAAUGUAGAAGUCUUAAUCCAUUAGUCCUACCAGAGUAUUUAAUCCACGUGUUGUAUACGAUACUGUUUGUAUUUGCACAACAAUGGGGGACACUUAUAAUGAAUAUACCUUUAAUUGCAUAUCAUGUUCGAAGGUACAUGAACAGACCUGUGAUGAGUUGUCCUGGGUUGUAUGACCCUACAUCCAUCAUGAAUGCUGAUGAGCUGAGUAGAGCCCAGAGGGAAGGAUGGAUCAAAUUAGCAUUUUAUCUUAUAUCAUUCUUUUACUACUUAUACAGUAUGAUAUAUGUUUUGGUGUCCAACUAAAAACAGAUAAAGUCAAAGAUCAAAGAUUUACCUACUUAUAUAUAUUUGUCCCACAGCUGAACAAUUACAUGGUGUUUGGAUGUGUUCAGAUUGGAAAUGCCAUGUUAUAUGUUGUAUCCAUUUCUAUAGUUAAUUUAUUAGAUAUUUCAAGAUGUGUAAUACCAUAACAAACUGUAGCGGUAUACAUUGUGACAUGCUUGUGGUACAUUAAAUGCAAAAGUGGUUGAUCACUAUUUAACAUGGAAAAACAACAAUGAGGCUUGUCUCUCAGUCUUUUUCUUAUUUUAUGACAGUGUUUUAAAAAACACAUAUGUUCUCAGUUAUACUGAGCAUAUUAGUCUUUUUCUACUUGAUGUACUUACGUGAAUGUGUGAUGUUUUUAUUUCAAUGUAUUUGCUUGUUUGUAUUAAUUUUAGUUAUUUUUAUAGUCCAUGAAAUCUUUUGAUUGAUGUUGAGUUUAUACUUAGUAAAGAAAUCCUUUUUUUUCGGGGGUGUCAAACAUCAUAUAAUUGUGGAAAUUUUGUUGGCUUCAGUUAUUGCUUGUAGUUAUCUGUAAUACAUUGUACAAUGUAAGACAAUCCCAAACAAAUUAUGCCAGUACACAUUUCUUCUUAAUUUAGUUAAUAUAUUAUCAGUAAUUUUGUAUUACUAUUAACUGUUCCUUAUGGCACAACAUUAAUAAUGUUUAUAAGAAAAUAAGCUCUUUCAAUAUAUGGAAACUCUCUCAAAAGAAUGGUAUUAUAGGGGAAUUUUCUUGAUGUAUCAGAUGUAGAUUUUGCCACAUAAUGUCUCUUCAGUAAUGCAUGAGGCUAACAUAAUAGGGGGAAAUUGAUUAAUGAAUGUUUCAGAUUUGCACAUUAAAAUUUGAAAUCAACAAAGAAAAUGUCUUUAACCUGUAUUUAGUAUUAAAACUGGUGGUUUUUAUUCACAGAGGAAUCAUUUUCCAUUGCAACAUUUAUUAUUCUUACAAUUUUGUCCAUUGUUAAACUGUUGCAUUGAUAAUACACACAGUGAUUUGAAGUAACAGGUGUUAACAUAAAUACAUUUUACAGGUAAAUUAUUAUACUUUCACUCCAUUAGGAUAAAUUCAGUAAAUAGAAAUACAUUGUCAAAGACCGCCCUUUUUGGGGAGAGCUUUCUGGAUAACACUGAAGUCCUGUGCUCCACCUAUUGGUAGAUAAUAUUUGUAAUAAAUAUUUUAUGAUAAGAUGGAUUAAAAGUAGGGUUAAAAAUUAAAAAAAAAUGAAUGCUGUAUGCAUUUAAUUUUUUUACUACAGGGUUGAAAAGAAAUGGGGGUCAAUUGAGUGUGAAUCUACAGUGUUUGUAAACAAGGCCAUAUUGAAUGGCCAAAAAAUACCUAAUGACUCUAUGUUUUGAUAAGUGCAAAAGAUGGGGCCUCAUUUGUACUUUAAUGAAUGAUAUAUGAAAAGCUCCUGAUUUUUAAAAGUGAACCCGGUAUAACAUUAUUUCAAGGAAUAGAUUUGCAUUGAAGUCAAUGGGAGAUUUUUUUCAGAAUUUACCCCUAUAUUGUAUUCACCCUGUCCAUCCGUUCAUCCAACAAAUAUUUUUUAUCACACUUUUCUAGGUACUAAACAGAAGGAUUUUCAUAAUUUGUCAGUAGCUUGACAGUGAUGAGUUUUAAAGUUUGAAUGCUUUUCAGAUAAAAUUUGAAUGCUUUUCAGAUAAAGUUUGAAUGCUUUACAGAUCUGUUAGACACCUACAAUGUGGAUCACGUUUGCUGAUACUUUGAAUAACAAGUGGUUUAGCAAAAAAAAAAUGUGUUCAACUUCUUUUUGUAAUUCUUUAGGUUUUUUGUGCACUUAUGCCAAUUUUUCUUUGUCAACAUUGUUAUCCACUUUUAUAUACUCAAGACUAUGGAUAGCAAAUGAACAAAAUUAUCAUUAAAUCAAUAUUAAAGAAUAGUAUAUGUA